AUGGCGUUCCUCCUUCAGCAGAUGGUUGGGGAUAAACUGAAGAACAUGACCGGUGGAAAAGAUGAUGUAGAGGAUAAAACGGGAGGCAAAGAGACUGCGGCGUCUAAAGGAAUGAGCAGAGAAGAGUUUGAGGAGUACCAGAAAGAACUCAUUGAGGAAAAGAUAGAGAGAGACAAGGAGUUUGCCACAAAAAAAGCAGAGAGAGCAAACCUGCGAGUUCAGUUACGGGACAAAUACAGACUACCACAGAGUGCCCAAGACGAUGCCACCAUCCAGAUGUCCGGAGAUGACCUGGACCUGCCCGAGGAGCUGGCAAAGAUGGUGGAGGAAGAUGAGGAAGAGGAAGAGAUCAACGAUUCCUUUCUAGGCAAACUCCAAAAUAUGGACGUGGACUUUGACGCAAUCAAGGCCAAAGCUCAGAAUACAAUGAGUGAGGUGAAACAGACAGCAGAAGAGAAAUGUGUCACCAUGUAA